UGCCCCGCCCACGCGCCGGCGGACGUCCGCUGCCAUGGCGACGCCGCUGCUCCGGGUCCUGCGUCCCUUCUGCCGACUCCGGGGUAGUUCCUGGCCUGCUGCGGAUGGGCCCUUCCGAGCUGGGAUCCAUGGCGCCAGCCUGUUAUACCCGGACCACAUUCCCACCUCCCCGCUGCAGAAGGCGCUGCUAGCCGCCGGCUCGGCCGGAAUGGCGCUGUACGACCCGUAUCGCCACGACAUGGUUGCAGUUCUAGGGGAGACCACAGGAUACUACACCCUGAAGGUCCUCAGGGACCGGAUGAGAAGGGAUCCAGAGGGUGCCCAGAUCCUACAGGAGCGUCCCCGGAUCUCACUGGCCACCCUCGACAUGGGCAAGCUCCGGAGCCUGCCUGAGGGCUCCCUCGGCCGCGAGUAUCUCCGCUUCCUGGAAGUGAAUAGGGUCUCCCCAGACACCCGAGCGCCCACCCGCUUUGUGGAUGAUGAGGAGCUAGCAUAUGUGAUCCAGCGGUACCGGGAGGUCCACGACAUGCUCCACACCCUGCUGGGGAUGCCUACCAACAUCCUGGGGGAGAUCGUGGUGAAAUGGUUCGAGGCCGUGCAGACAGGCCUGCCCAUGUGCGUGCUGGGUGCGCUCUUUGGACCUAUCCGCCUCAGCGCUCGGAACCUGCAAGUGCUGCUCUCGGAGCUGAUCCCGUGGGCGGUUCGGAACGGGCACAGGGCCCCAUGUGUCCUCAACCUGUACUACGAGCGGCGCUGGGAGCAGCCCCUGCCAGCCCUGCGACAGGAGCUGGGCAUCACCGCGGCUCCUCUGCGCAUGCGGGGCCUGGCCUAGCCUGGGCCGCUGUGCCGGGGGACCUGGGCAGCCUCCCUGGGGGCAGAGGGUGCUUCCCUAGUACCUUUGCUCUUCUCUUGGAACACCGACCUUUGGACAUCGUUUACCAUAAUUGUCAUAACUGCGGUCCUGUGCCCCAAGGGCCAAAGCGGGAGAACAAAGGCAGGACAGAAGGCACCCCUCCCCAGGAACGCAGACGGCCCAGAGAGCCAUGCGCACGGGACGGCAGUCUAGGAGCACCCCAGACUGCCCCAGGCCCACAGGCCCUGUUCGGGAGGUCUCCCUGCAGCCAGGGUUUUCCAGGGCCCAGGCUGCGUGUCCUCGAGGGAG